GACGGGGAUGUUGGACAUCGUGUUGGAGUGGCUUGGGCCAAAUGGCGGUUGGCUUCAGGGGUGUUGUGUGAUCCAAAGAUUUCGCCUAGGAUGAAAGGUAAGUUCUACCGAUCCGUAGUCAGACCUGCUAUGUUAUAUGGGGCAGAGUAUUGGGCAUUUAAGAAGACUCAUGUGCGUCGUCUGCAUGCGGCGGAGAUGCGGAUGUUACGAUGGAUAAGUGGGAAGACAAGGUGGGAUAGGAUUUCGAACGAAGUUAUCCGACGUCAGGCAGACAUGGCGCCGGUGGAAGAUAAGUUGCGGGAAGCGAGGUUGAAAUGGUUUGGUCAUGUGAGACGGCGGGAUGUUGACGCCCCUGUUGAGCCGGGGGUCUCUUGGAAACAGUCUCCCUACUUCCGAGUAGGGGCAAGGUCUGCGUACACACACCCUCCCCAGACCCUACUGUAGUGGGACUCAACUGGGUUGUUGUUGUUAAUGGAUUCUAGAUGAAAAAUUAUGUCGAUUUUCAUUAUAUUAGCAGCAUAAUGAUUAUGGUUAUGAGAAAUAUUGUAGUUGAUUGUGUGUUAAGUGUUAUCAAUGGCAUACCAUUAUUUAUACCACAAAUUCACACAACUCCAUGUCUCAAACGGUAAAAAAAUUAUAGUUAAUGU